AUGGACGUCAGAGCCGUCUUAGAGAACACCUUCUCGCCAGAUGCAAACAUCCGCGGCGGUGCUGAAGAACAACUCAGACAGGCCCGUGAGGGCAACUUCUCCGAAUACCUUUCCAUACUCUCCCAAGAACUCGCCAACGACCAGGCUAGCCCUGCCGUUCGACAAGCCGCUGGCCUUGCCCUCAAGAACGCUUUCACCUAUCGCGACGUCACCAGAUUACGAGAAGUUCAGGCAAGAUGGCUACAGGGCGUCGAUCCUCAAAUCAAGGCUCAGGUCAAGGAAUUGGCUGUCAAGACCCUCACUUCCACACCGCAAGCCGCGAAUUCCGCGGCCCAGUUGAUUGCGACUAUUGCGGCCAUCGAGCUACCACGGAAUGAGUGGUCUGAUUUGUUGCCUUCUCUCGUCCACAACGUCGGCUCCGGCGAUGACAAACUCAAGCAGUCCAGUUUGACGACUAUCGGCUUCAUUUGCGAGUCGGAUGAUGUCGAACUGAGAGAAUCUUUGGUGGGAUACUCCAACGCCAUCCUGACUGCCGUCGUCCAGGGUGCCCGGAAAGAGGAGGCUAAUCAGGACGUGCGACUCUCGGCUCUGUCGGCCCUGAGCGAUGCCACCGAAUUUAUUCGCAGCAACUUCGAGAACGAGGGCGAGCGCAACUACAUCAUGCAAGUCGUCUGUGAGGCUACACAAUCUCAAGAUACCCGGGUCCAGGCUGCCGCUUUUGGCUGUCUCAACCGCAUAAUGGGCAUCUACUACGACAAGAUGAGGUUUUACAUGGAGAAGGCCUUGUUCGGUCUGACUAUUGCAGGCAUGAAGAACGAGGAGGAGGAUGUCGCCAAACUGGCCAUCGAAUUCUGGUGCACAGUCUGCGAAGAGGAAAUCAGCAUUGAAGAUGACAACCAGCAAGCCCAGCAGGAGGGCUCAACCGAGCUGCGACCGUAUUUCAACUUCGCCAGAGUUGCUGCUCGUGAGGUCGUCCCUGUCCUCCUUCAGCUGAUGACGAAGGUAUCCGAAGAUGAUGCCGAUGAGGAAUACAACGUCGCACGCGCCGCAUAUCAGUGCCUUCAGCUCUACGCGCAGACCAUUGGUGGCGACGUGGUGCAGACCGUACUUUCCUUCGUCGAGGCCAACUUGCGAAGCGAAGAUUGGACCCACCGGGAUGCUGCUGUCUCAUCUUUCGGCGCAAUCAUGGAUGGUCCAGAUAUCAAGACCCUUGAUCCUCUGGUCAAACAAGCACUUUCCGUCUUGAUCGGAAUGAUGCAAGAUCCGGUUGUGCAAGUACAGGAUUCGGCAGCAUACGCCCUGAGUAGAAUUUGCGAUUAUUGCUCAGAGUGUAUCGACCCAUCGGUACAUCUGCAACCACUCAUGCUAGCUCUUUUCGCUGGGCUCAUGGGUAACCCCAAGAUUGCCGCCUCUUGCUGCUUGGCUCUUCUCAACCUGACCGAGCGAUUUGUGGGUGAGGAGGGCGCAUCCUCAAACCAGCUGACACCUCAUUUCCAAGCCAGUGUCACCUCACUCCUCGCAGUCACGGAGAAGCAGGAUGCAAACAACCAACUCCGAACGGCUGCGUACGAGGUCCUUAGUGGGUUCGUGACAAAUUCCGCCCAUGACAGCUUGCAAAUUGUUGCAGAGCUCUCCAACGUCAUCAUCCAGCGCCUCGAGAGUACGAUCCCAAUGCAGAAGCAGAUUGUCAGCAUAGAUGACAAGAUCACUCUGGAGGAAUUGCAAGUCAGCCUUAGCAGUGUUUUGCUUGCUAUCGUUCAGAGACUCGAACAGAACAUUGGACCACAAGCCGAUCGCAUCAUGCAGAUCAACUUGGAACUGCUCAACGUCACUGGGAACACGAGCGUUCCAGAGGUCAUUUUCCAGAUCGUCAGCGGUUUGGCAAACGCCUUGUCCGCCGACUUCCUCAAGUACAUGGACUCUUUUGCGCCAUACCUUUACAACGCGCUGGGCAACCAGGAAGCCCCGGAAAUGUGCUCCUUGGCUAUUGGCCUGGUCAGUGAUAUUGUCCGUGCUUUGGAAGACAAGGCCCGACCAUACUGCGAUACCUUCAUGAACUACCUGCUCAACGACCUCAGAUCUGAUAAACUCUCCAACGCGCUCAAGCCCCCGAUUCUAGAGACCUUUGGAGACAUCGCUACUAGCAUCGGUGUACACUUUGAAACCUAUGUCACAGUGGUUGCUGGUGUUCUACAACAGGCUAACAAUGUGUCUGUCGCCAACGAUGUCUCGUUUGACAUGCUUGACUACAUUGUUUCACUACGCUCAGGUAUCGCAGACGCCUGGUCAGGGUUGAUUCUUGCAUUCAAAGGCACUGACAAGGUUAAUAUCCUUCAAUCCUACGUUCCGCCGAUCUUCGAGUUCCUGCAGACUGUUUCCCAGGACAUGAACCACAACGAGGGUCUUCUUCGCGCCUGCAUGGGUAUCAUUGCCGAUCUCAGCGAAGCGUUUCCCGGCGGAUCGCUUGCCGACUACUAUCGACAGGACUGGGUUCUCAAGCUCAUCAAGGAAACUCGAACCUCGCGCGAUUUCACCCCCCGAACCAUCAACGCAGCACGUUGGGCAAGAGAACAAGUCAAACGACAGACUCAACAUCAAGGUACUAUCAUGAAUGCCUCAUGA